CAUUUAGCCACAUUCUCAAGAUACAUAUAGAAACCAUGCAGUAGCUAUCCACAUUUAAACCAUUACAAAUACAUAUUUAAACCGUGUCAAAACCCUGCGAGAGUUUCGAGCCAAGGUGCCAGAUUCCUGACUGCCCUUUAUAAGCCAAGGGACGAGUCCCUGGACCAUCAGUGGCAAGCUCUGAUAGCUCCUCCUGGGACACACAGCAUCCAGUGGAUCUAUUACAUUGGAAACCCCUACAACCAACCAACACACACCCAAAAGAGAUCCAGGAAACAUGAGAGGCUCCUCGUACAACAAGACCCUUUCCGUUGUCCGCAGCGGAACCUCCUACAGCCGUGGCCGUACUGGCUACCAGGGUGGUGUCUCUGCCGUUGAGGUCGGCACUGAGCUCCACAAGCAGCACGCCAAUGAGAAGGAAGAGAUGCAGGAGCUCAAUGUGCGCUUCGCCGGCUACAUCGACAAGGUCCAGUCCCUGGAAACGAGAAACGCCCAGCUGCAAGCAGAGCUGGCCACCCUGCAGGAACGCUUCAAGGGGGGAUUCGGCGGGCUCGGAGACGAGUAUGAGCUCAAGUUCAAGGAGAUGAGGGGCCUGAUUGAGGCCCUGACCGCAGAGAAGGGCGCCGCUGACAUCGAGAGGGGAUACUUUGAGCAGGAGGCCGAGGUGUGGAGGCUGAAGAUCGAGGAAGAGCUCGCCCUCAAAGACGAAGCUGAGGCGAUCCUGCGUGAGUUCCGCCAGGACGUGGACAACGCCACGCAGCAGAAGGCUGAGCUGGAGAGCCGUGUGGAGCAGCUGGUGGCCGAAAUCGAGCUCCUCAAGAAGCUGCACGACGAGGAGGUGGCUGAUCUGAUGCAGCAGAUCGAGGACUCCAAGGUGACCGUGGAGCAGGACUCUGAGCGCCCAGACCUGGCCGAUUACCUGCGAAACAUGCGCGCUGAGAUGGAGGCGGUAGCCGCCCGCAACGCACAGGAGGCCGAGAAGUGGUACAAGAGCAAGUUCGACACGCUCAAGGAGAAGGCCGGCCAGCACGAGGAACAGGUGAAGACCAUGAAGGCUGAGAUCGGCUCCUACCACUCGCAGGUGACCGACCUGCAGAGCCAGAUCGACGGCAUGCGGGCGCGCAACGCCGCUCUGCAGCAGCAGCUGGACACCAUGGACUCCACCCACCUGGACAAGGCAGCCGCACUGGAGUCCGUCAUCGCACAGCUGGAGGCACAGCUCUGUGAGACCAAGAUGGAGAUGAGCAAGUACAUGGGAGACUAUCAGGAACUGCUGAACAUCAAGCUGAAGCUGGACGCAGAGAUCGCCACCUACAGGAAACUCCUGGAGAGCGAGGAGAUGAGGCUGGGAGUUUGAAAACCACUUGGCCAUUCAGGAAUAAACAGACGACCUUGACCUGCGCAUGACCUUCACCCCUUCCUCCCAGGACACUCCACCACGGCUGUCUGUCAUCCACCGAGACCCCAACACCGCAACACACCCACGUCCUUCCAACCCACACUAACUCGGAUGUAGGGGGGACAUGUGUUGUUCCCACAGCAAUUUGGAGUUUGAGUUGAUCUAAAAGGUGUCACAUGGUGCUACUUUAAAAAAAAUAAAAAUAAAGCUUGACGUCAGUCAGUGCACAUACAUGUUUUUGCAGUCUUUCUGUGGUUUGGGGUGUAUGCAUUCUGGAUAUUACAAGACAUUACACAUAAAAGACACAUUUAUGCAAAGCAACUUACCAGGCUAUUGGUUACAGUCCCUACAGCAGUGGUUCUCAACCUUUUUUGAAUAAACGCCCCCUGGGCAUCAUCAUAAGCCCCAACCUUGACCUCAUCAUAAGCCUGCCAACACUCCCAUGCCCCCUGGUCCUCAUCAUGAGCCUCCCAACAACCCCAUGACCUCAUCAUAAGCCUGCCAACACCCCCUUGAUUUAUAGUUCUUCUGCAUCCUUCAAUGGACACAAACAAAAUGGAGGCAAGGGUAAAGGGGUCUCUCAUACUACCAACGAAGCUGCGUUGAAUGCUGCAAAGCAGGUCAUGGCCCAGACACACACACAUCAGAUGGAACCCCUUUCUCUCACCAGAGGGCAACAUUGUGUUUCAGGAGUAUCCUCUGCAAAAGCCGUUUGUUUACAUUCCAUAAGACUAGAAGACCAAACGAGUUAAAUGCUGUAGGCAAUGAGUUGUUCAACUGGGGGAAAAUUUAGACUAACAUGCGUUUCUCUUCCCCAUUUGCACAAUCAAGGAUAAACGUUCAGUGCCAAACAAAACAUUGUGAAUGUACAGUUUGUAGGUCAAGUAGCUUGAAUUGGCUAACUACCCAUAGAACUGAUUUGCUAGUUGGCACAAAGCCAAAAUCGUGAAAUAGGCUAUGAAUAGCUUAAGGCAGUGGUUCUCAAACUUCAGAGGGGCUGAAUGCUUCCUCUCAGCUGUAUCUUUCUGAACGCCCUCCUAGAGCUCCCAACGCCCCCUUCAGCCAUAGGUGAUGGGACUGAACCACCAACCCUCUAAUCUGAAGAUCAACUGGAUCUAAUCCAGUUCACUUACCAUUAGGUUAUGGCUACCCAAACCAUUGUGGCUGCUGUCUCGGGUUUCCAAACUAUGGGUCCAAAAAUGACAUGGGCCCUUAAAUAGUACAAUGCAAAUUUCAAAUUUCAGUAGGAUUCACAAGUCUUGGUCAGAUGGUGAGGGACAUGGCUUCAAUCAAUUAAAUAAUAUACUCCAAUUAUUUAUCAGACCGUGGAAGAUGACAGUGAACGGGGUAAAGAAUAAUUUUAAGUAGGCAUACAGCAGCAUCUAAUAUCUGGUUAUAAGAUCAAUUUCACUAAUUGGACUACUAACUGGACUACUU